AACGUGACGUACUUCCUGUAGCCCAGCCGCCGCCGGGUUCAUGUUGGUGUUCACGGACAAUAAAAGAAACACACUGAACUUACAUCCUUUAAGACAGACAACGCCAAAACGUGUGAACAGGCCCGGGAACACGGCGACAGAACCGAGUGACUUGUUAAACUAAGAGUAAAGCUAUUUAGUUUUCCAGGUGCCUGAGAAGAAUAUACCGCUAUGGCCAAGGUACAAGUGUUAAAUGUUGCUGUGCUGGACAACCCGAGCCCAUUUGGAAACCCGUUUCAGUUUGAAAUAACGUUUGAAUGCAUGGAGGACUUGCCUGAAGAUCUGGAGUGGAAGAUCAUCUAUGUGGGUUCAGCUGAGAGCGAGGAAUAUGACCAGGUUCUGGACUCUGUUCUAGUUGGCCCAGUACCGGCUGGUAGACACAUGUUUGUGUUUCAGGCUGAUGCUCCUAACACGGGGCUGAUUCCAGAGAGUGACGCUGUAGGAGUGACUGUAGCCCUUAUAACCUGCACCUACCGUGGACAGGAGUUCAUCCGCAUCGGCUACUAUGUCAACAAUGAAUACACAGACCCUGAACUACGGGAAAACCCACCUCUCAAACCAGAUUACACUCAGCUCCAGAGGAAUAUUUUGGCCUCCAACCCCCGUGUCACCCGCUUCCAUAUCAACUGGGAGGGCUUGGCAGACAAGAUGGAGGACAGCGAGAAUGUUGACCCGUCCCCCAACAUCAGCUGCAUGCUCCCUCCGUCCUGCGCACCAGGAAAGAUACCACCUAUUGGACUGAUGCCGGACAACUCAAUGGACUGCAUGUAAGAAUCAUCAGAUUAAGAAAAUGGACAAAAAGCUCUUAUCUAUACACUCAACCACAUCGCAGACACACGUUUGGACAAGGAGGCCACUGAUGUAUCUACAUAACAUGUAGACAUUAACAGGAAGCAAGGACAUUAUUUUUAUACAGAAUACACAUUUGGGAUGGAUCUGGAAUUGUUGUUUCUUGUUCACACUCUUAUCAACUCAUACACACAGAUGUGCACAACAAACAUUGCCUUAUUUGACCAUGAAUCUGUCUUGGAUGAUGUUGAAACUGAGCCAGAGAAAGUUUGAGUCAUCAGGGUGGGGCGAUCUUAAGACAGGACCACCAUAUCCUCACAGCCCUGAGACUUGCAAGUCAUACUCAUACACUGAUGUUGACCUGUUUGGUACCCAUACUGUGCUGUUAAUUUUGUCCUCUUGAGCACAGAUCAAAGCUAUGGGCCGUGCUCCGUAUCUCCAGAUAGAUGUAGCACUAGCUGCUAAUAGUAAAGCAUUUCAUUGUUCUGAAGGUUUGUCUCAUCUGACGAGAAUUAGUAGCAUCUGGAGUACUUUUGGGAAAAAAUAUGGUUCAUGUUCAGGGGCCUGUUGCAUGAAGUAGCUUUACUUGCUGAUAGCUGGAUAGCUUAUGCAAAGCACAACCUUGUAGUUGCAAGUUUUACCCUAGAGUUAUCCAGAUAACUCAGUAAACCUGGUUCUUCAAACAGGCCCCAGUUCAGAUAUUAAUAAAAUUACAUAAGAUAUCCAUUUGUAAUUAUGCACAAAAUAUCUAGUUAAAGGAGACUAAGGAGAAACGCGUGCCAUUUUGCAGUCAAGUUGUUUGGAUAAUUUAAGCAUACUGUAAAUAUUGUUCGCCCAGCGCUUAUUUUGUCUUCAAGAUCAGAAGACAUAUUUUCUUUUUGUACUUACUAUAUAUUCUCUGCCUCUGUAUUUGUAACAACAGCAAUGGGGUUAAUAAAGUUUGUUUUGUGGA